CCGGGGCGCUGCCUCAGGGCGGGCGCCAUUUUGUGUGUCCGCCCGCGGAGCGCGGGGCGCGGGCGGAGGAGCCGCCGGGCCGAGCCCCCCGCGCCGUUCAGUGACUGUGCCCCACGUUCUCCACCCCCUGCCCGUUGCCCAUGGCCGUGGAGAGCCCGAGUGUCCCCCCCGCCGCCGCCGCCUCCCCCCCCAGCCCGCACUGCACCCCCCCUUCUCCGUCCUGCCACGGCAGCUGCAGCCUCCCCCGGCCGCCGCCGCCGCUCCAAGGCCACCAUCACGGCCCGGACGAAAGGGAGGAUGGCGAGCUGGAGGAGGGCGAGCUGGAGGACGACGCGGGGGACGAGGCCCCUCCGAGCCGGCGGCACCGGCGCUCCCCGCGGCGCCGCAGCGCCUCCCCCGGCGAGCGCCCGCACCGCCGCCUCAAGCGCAAGCGCCGCAAGGACAAGGACAGGCGGCGCUCCAAGAAAAAGCGCAAAUCCAAGCACAAGCGGCACGCCUCGUCCAGUGAGGAUCUGUCGGAUUUCAGCGACGACUCCGAGUACAGCCCCGGCGAGAAGGGACACCGCAAGUACCGGGAGUACAGCCCGGUGUACCCGUCCCACCAGUACUCCCAGUUGCCCCGCAAGGGCCAUCCCAAGGGGGACCCCAAGGGCUACGGGGGCUCCUACGAGGAGUUUGAGGCCGAGGCCUUCGGGCCCUUCGAGGCCGAGGAGGAGGAGGAGGCGCCCAAGGACGACUUUGACGACUUCUCCAAGGAGCUGAGCCAGUACCGGCGCUGCAAGGAGGGAGCGCAGCGCGGCAGAGGCCGGGGCCGGGGCCGCGGUUUCCGGGGCCGGGGGCGGGGCCCGGGCCGGGGGCGGGGCCCGGGGCGGGGCCGGGGCCGCGCCCGCAGCGACCCCGAGGAUGAGGAGGAGCCCUUCGAGGAGGAGCUGGAGUACUGCGACCCCGAGGAGCCGCUGGCUGAGGAUGAUUUUGACGACUACGCCAAGGAGCUGUCGCAGUACCGGCGCAGCAAGGAGCGCGGCCGCGGGCUGGGCCGGGGCCGGGGCCGGGGCCCGCGGGGCCGGGGUGCCAAAGGGCCGGGCCGGGGCCGCGGGCGCGGGCGCAGCGCCGCGGGCAAGGCCGGCGCCAACGACGACGACGACUUCUACGACGAGGACGUGGGGGACGGGGGCGGAUUCCGGCGGGAGGACAAAGCUCACCUGGGCUCGGACAAGAAGGGCAAGGUGAUCUGCAAGUACUUCGUGGAGGGCAGGUGCACCUGGGGUGACCACUGCAACUUCAGCCACGACAUUGAGCUGCCCAAGAAGCGCGAGCUGUGCAAGUUCUACAUCACGGGCUACUGCGCGCGGGCCGAGAGCUGCCCCUACAUGCACGGGGAUUUCCCGUGCAAGCUGUUCCACACCACCGGGCUCUGCAUCAACGGCGACGACUGCAUGUUCUCGCACGCGCCGCUCAGCGACGAGACCCAGCAGCUGCUCGACAAGAUGCUGGCCGAGGACGCCGAGGCGGGCGCGCAGGACGAGAAGGAGCUGCAGGAGCUGCGCAAGCAGGGCAUCGACCCCCUGCCCAAGCCCCCCCCGGGCGUGGGGCUGCUGCCCACCCCCCCCCGGCCCCCCUCCCCCCCCCGCGGGCUGCCCCUCCCCCCCGGGCCGCCCCCGCUGCCCCUCCCCCCGCCCAUGGAGCCCCUGGAGCCCCCCCCGGACCCCUUCAAGAAGAUCCCGUCGCUCUUCGAGAUCGUGGUCAGGCCCACGGGGCAGCUGGCCGAGAAACUGGGCGUCAG